UCCAGCCCAUUUGAUUUCGAUCCGGACAUGCUCAGGGUCUACACUUCAAAAUUUUAAUGAAACUCAGCAUCCCCUCCACUUCAAAUCAUCGAGAAAACUUUAACCCGCGAUCAAUCGAAGUGGAGACACGCUGCUUCAGUCGAUCUAUGCACUGCAAGCUGAUCAACCGAAUAGUAAGGAGCUCCAUUGAAGCAUUCUCAACUCAUAUAAUCCGACUUGGUGCGGUUUAGCCAGAAAGAGUCGGUAGAUCAGAGAGAGAAAGAGAAUGGGGGUGAACCAGCAGAGAUGUGGACAGAGGGUGGUGAAGGCGGUGCUUUUGGUUAUGGGAGUGUGCUUGGUGGGAUAUAUUCUUGGUCCGCCAUUGUAUUGGCACCUCAAGGAAGGCUUAGCAGCAGUCAGCCGUUCUUCUUCUUCCUACUACUCGUGUCCUCCUUGUACAUGUGACUGCAAUUCUUUACCCCUUCUCUCCAUCCCUCAAGGAUUAAGUAAUGCUUCCUUUUCAGAUUGUGGAAACCAUGAUCCCGAGGUGGGUGAAGACACAGAGAAGAACUUCGCAGAGCUCUUGUCUGAGGAAUUAAAGUUGCGAGAAGUUGAAGCUUCUGAAAACCAGCACAAAGCCGACAUUGCACUGUUAGAGGCAAAGAGGAUGACAUCUCAGUACAUGAAAGAAGCAGACAAGUGCAAUUCUGGGAUGGAGACUUGCGAGGAGGCCAGAGAAAAGGCCGAUGCGACCCUACUGUCCCAGAAGAAGGUGACUGCAAUGUGGGAGUCGAGGGCACGCCAGAUGGGGUGGAAGGACAAGACUGCCAAGUCUCAAUGAAGCCCAUCAUGUACAUCUGAUUCAAAAUGUUUCCCCUACGAGACUCGGCCUCAAGGCUCUCUCAUUUCUGAAAGAUCAUGAAAAUUUCUCAUAACCCAAAAUUUAUUGGAAAAAUUGAUAGUAAUAAUCCCAACUAUUGGCGGUCCGCUCAUAAUAAUCCCAACUAUUGAUUAUUACAGAAUAAUCCCAACUUUAGGGACCUUCCGCCAAUAAUGGUCCCUAUGAAUAAAUUCUUGUACUUUCUAAAGUGGAUGAGAUGAGAUAUAAGAAGUAAUCCCUAUAAAUAAUCUCAACUUUUAAUUUUUACAUUUAAUUUCUAUUUAAAAUUCACUUUUUAUAGAGGUAAUAUAUGGUCAUGGACCAUUAUUGGCGUAUAGUCGAUAUAGUUGGGAUUAUACAAAAAUAAUCAAUAGUUGGGAUUAUUUUCAGCGGACCGACAAUAGUUGGGAUUAUUAUUUUCAAUUUUUCCUUUAAAUUUAUUUCUUGUUUUGUAAUAUGAUAUAGCCAUAUAGGUAAAUAGGAGUAUAAUAUCAUUUGCCUGGUGCGUCUACCAAAUAGUACUAUAGUAGUAUAGAAGUUGUUUACUCACUUUUUGCUGAAAAAUGUGUCAAAAAAUGUUCGGUCUUUUAAAUAGCAUGAAUAUUUC